AUGUAUCCUGGGAACUGGGUAAAACACAGCGACAUUAACGGCAGAGACAGUGUCCGGGUUAAACACGGCGACAUUAACGGCAGAGACAGUGUCCGGGUUAAACACGGCGACAUUAACGGCAGAGACAGUGUCCGGGUAAAACACGGCGACAUUAACGGCAGACACAGUGUCCGGGUAAAACACGGCGACAUUAACGGCAGACACAGUGUCCGGGUAAAACACGGCGACAUUAACGGCAGAGACAGUGUCCGGGUAAAACACGGCGACAUUAACGGCAGACACAGUGUCCUGGUAAAACACGGCGACAUUAACGGCAGAGACAGUGUCCUGGUAAAACACGGCGACAUUAACGGCAGACACAGUGUCCGGGUAAAACACGGCGACAUUAACGGCAGACACAGUGUCCGGGUAAAACACGGCGACAUUAACGGCAGACACAGUGUCCGGGUAAAACACGGCGACAUUAACGGCAGACACAGUGUCCGGGUAAAACACGGCGACAUUAACGGCAGACACAGUGUCCUGGUAAAACACGGCGACAUUAACGGCAGACACAGUGUCCGGGUAAAACACGGCGACAUUAACGGCAGACACAGUGUCCGGGUAAAACACGGCGACAUUAACGGCAGACACAGUGUCCGGGUAAAACACGGCGACAUUAACGGUAGAGACACAGUGUCCGGGUAAAACACGGCGACAUUAACGGUAGAGACACAGUGUCCGGGUAAAACACUGCGACAUUAACGUCAGAGACAGUGUCCGGGUAAGACACCGCGACAUUAACGUCAGACACAGUGUCCUGGUAAAACACUGCGACAUUAACGUCAGAGACAGUGUCCGGGUAAAACACAGCGACAUUAACAGCAGAGACACAGUGUCCGGGUAAAACACGGCGACAUUAACAUCAGACAGUGUCCGGGUAAAACACUGUGACAUUAACGUCAGAGACAGUGUCCGGGUAAGCAUACCGCGAUAUUAACAUCGACAGUGUCCGGUAAAACAUCAGCAUAAACGCAGAGACACAAAGUGUCCGCAAAACACGCACAUUAACAGCAGAGACACAGUGUCCGGUAAAACACGACAUUAACAUCAGACAGUGUCCGGUAAAACACUGUGACAUUAACGCUGUAUGGUGUCCGGUAAGACACCGCAUAUUAACAUCAGACAGUGUCCGUAAAACACCGACAUUAACGCAGAGACACAGUGUCCGGGUAAACCACAGCCAUUAACGGCAGAGACACAGGUCCGGCAAAACACAGCCAUUAACGCAGAGACACAGUGUCCGGUAAACACGAACAUUAACGCAGAGACACAGUGUCCGGGUAAAACACGGCGACAUUAACGGCAGACACAGUGUCCGGGUAAAACACGGCGACAUUAACGGCAGAGACACAGUGUCCGGGUAAAACACGGCGACAUUAACGGCAGACACAGUGUCCGGGUAAAACACGGCGACAUUAACGGCAGACACAGUGUCCGGGUAAAACACGGCGACAUUAACGGCAGACACAGUGUCCGGGUAAAACACGGCGACAUUAACGGCAGACACAGUGUCCUGGUAAAACACGGCGACAUUAACGGCAGACACAGUGUCCUGGUAAAACACGGCGACAUUAACGGCAGACACAGUGUCCAGGUAAAACACGGCGACAUUAACGGCAGACACAGUGUCCGGGUAAAACACGGAGACAUUAACGGCAGACACAGUGUCCGGGUAAAACACGGCGACAUUAACGGUAGAGACACAGUGUCCGGGUAA